AUGGAAGAUGAAAAACCAUGGGCAUUGGUCUCAGAAGUCGGGGGAGAGUAUGGUUACCUUGAAGAGCUAGUUGACAUGCUGAAACAACACUUCCAAAUCAUGUGCCACAAAGACUUUCUACAAAACCCAGUGCUUCAUGGCCCCAAGAUCCAGAUCUUCUUCAUAUGGAAGUACUUCCCUGUAGCUGAGCCUUCGCUGCUCAGAUUGCUUCCCUCCCUAAAAGUGAUUGCCAGUGGAGGAGUGGGCAUCGACCACCUGGAUGUACCGUUCAUCAACAGUCUCGGGGUGAAGGUGGCCAACACGCCUUGUGUAGUCAGCAAUGCCACUGCAGAUAUUGCCAUGGGUCUGCUUCUGGCAUCAGCUCGCAAGAUCCUUGAGGGUCAUCAUAUUGCUGUGGACCCAAAGACCACUAAUCUACCACAAAGCCUGAUAGGAAUUGAAGUCACAGGGUCGACUCUGGGAAUCAUUGGAAUGGGAGAGACCGGUUAUAAAAUUGCCCAAAGAAGCAGAGGGUUUGAAAUGAAGAUCCUGUAUCAUAACAGAACCAGAAGGACCACUGAAGAUGAGCAGGCAGUCAUGGCAACUUACUGCGAGAGCCUGGAUGACCUGCUGAAGAGGUCGGACUUUGUCAUGAUAGCUGUCACAUUGACCCCCGCCACUACAGGCCUCAUCGGUCACAGAGAGCUAUCCCUCAUGAAACCCACGGCAACGCUAGUCAACAUCAGCAGAGGUCAAGUUGUGGAUCAGGAUGCCUUAGUUGAGGCUCUCCUAGUGGGUACAAUCCGUGCAGCAGCAUUAGAUGUGACCCAUCCUGAACCGUUACCAAGGGAUCAUCCUCUCCUUGGCAUGCCUAAUGUCCUGAUCACCCCCCACAUUGGGGUCCACACCUACAACACAAUGAGCAGGAUUGUAGAGAAAAUGACAGAAAACGCCCUGGCUGCAGUGAAAGGCUUACCUGUUCCAAAUGAAGUCAAGCUGAAGUGA